GUUGGCAUCCUGGUUGUCCCAUUAUGGCUCUCUAGAAUCCUAAUCUUCUAUGAAAUUACAUAUUUGACCCUAUAUUUGGUCUAUUGUUACAAUCUGUUAAGGGUGUUUUUGACAUUCCACUGGGGAGCAGACUGCCACAUUGCCACGUGGCGUUAGAACAGUGAACGACAAGGGAUCCGGUAGCAACAUAGUUAAGCGACGCCGCGAAGGAGGCGAUCCCGCCCUAGCCCAACCUGCAUCACUGUACGUACGCGAGAAACUUCCGAACAAGACGACGAUGACGACGACUGCCACUGCGUGUGUUUGGUGAAGAGAGAGAGGGCGCUUCCGCCAUUUGAGAUCCCCAUCCACACAUACACACUCUCUCUUUCUCUGUCUGUCUGUCUGUCUGUCUCUCUCUCUCUCUCUCUCUCUCUCUCUGUAUCUGCUAAUUCUGAAACCGCCGGCCGACGUUACUGAGGUUUUGGCGGGAAUUCUUAUCGGAUUUUCAGCUUCUUAUUUUUGGAGAACUGUGGUUGUCGGUGAUCGCAACUAUUUGAAUUGGUGGGGUUUUGGGGAGUGGGAGAAAGAAAUGGGGGUGUCGGACAAUACGAGAGGAUUGAUACUGGCAAUGGCGUCGAGCGCUUUCAUUGGCUCCAGCUUCAUCUUGAAGAAGAAGGGUCUCAAGCGCGCUGCUGAUUCCGGUACACGCGCAGGAGUUGGAGGUUACACUUACUUGCUUGAGCCUCUUUGGUGGGCAGGAAUGGUUUUGAUGAUUGUUGGAGAGGUUGCAAACUUUGUUGCCUACGUUUAUGCUCCAGCAGUUCUGGUGACCCCCCUUGGUGCGUUGAGUAUAAUUAUUAGUGCCAUUUUGGCGCAUUUCAUGUUGAAGGAACGGCUACAGAAAAUGGGUGUUCUGGGAUGUGUUUCCUGCAUUGUGGGAUCAGUAGUGAUUGUAAUCCAUGCACCUCAAGAGCACACUCCAAAUUCGGUACAAGAAAUCUGGGCUCUGGCAACUCAACCAGCAUUUCUAAUAUAUGUAGCAGCUACAUUAUCCGCAGUAUUGGCUUUGAUCUUGUAUUUUGAACCUCGAUAUGGACAGACAAAUAUACUGGUUUACUUGGGCAUUUGUUCAUUAAUGGGUUCACUUACGGUUGUAAGCAUAAAGGCUAUUGGAAUUGCUAUAAAGCUUACUCUGGAGGGGAUAAGUCAAGUUGCUUAUCCUCAAACUUGGUUUUUCCUUACUGUUGCAGCAGUCUGUGUCAUCACGCAGUUAAACUAUCUGAAUAAGGCGCUGGAUACAUUUAAUGCAGCAAUUGUUUCUCCAAUUUAUUAUGUCAUGUUCACAACUCUGACUAUAAGUGCAAGUGCAAUAAUGUUCAAGGAUUGGUCAGGUCAGAAUGCAAGCAGCAUAGCUUCAGAGAUAUGUGGAUUCAUCACUGUCCUUUCAGGAACAAUCAUACUGCAUGCAACAAGGGAACAGGAACCAGCUACUGCAUCAGGAACCAUAACAUGGUAUCUAAGUGGGGAUGCAAUGAAGGGUGUUGAAGUAUGA